UAAAAUUUAGCUUUUAUCCCAUACGUAAUUUUGGUAACUCUACUGGUCUAGUGGGGUUUUUCCUUUUUGGUUUUUAUUCACACAAAGUUGAAAAUUUUGCUUUUUUUUUUUUUUUUCCCCUUCAAUUUUGUCUGGUUCAGCAUUUUAUCGAUUCAAUGAUCUGUAAAAUCUUAGUAACUUUUAUGCUAAUGUGAAUUUUAGUAACUCAAUUUGGUGUGGGGUUUUUUCUUUUUUUGAUUUUUAUUCAUACAGAGUUGAAAAAUUCUCACUUUUUAUGCUAAUCUGAAUUUCUGUAACUAGACUGGUGUUUUUUUUGGUGUGGGGUUUUUCCUUUUAGAUUUUCAUUCACAGUUGGAAAUUGUGAUGGUGAAUUCUGAGAGCUUAAGUGAGUCUGCUGCACCAGUGGCAACGAAAUAUGGUGUCACAAAGGCAUUAUCUCUUGCUGGACCUACUGAAGCAGAUCUUCAAAGAAAUGUAGCACUAGAAAAGUUUAUGAGGGAAUCGGAAUUGUAUGAGAGUGAGGUAGAGACUGCAAGGAGAGAAGAAGUACUGCGGCAACUUGAUGAGAUUGUAAAACAAUGGGUGAAACAAUUGACUCGCCAGAGAGGCUACAAAGAUCAAAGGGUUGAGGAUGCAAAUGCUAUCAUAGUCACCUUUGGCUCUUAUCGUCUAGGGGUUCAUGGACCAGGAGCUGACGUUGACACAUUGUGUGUUGGUCCCUCUUAUGUCAAUCGAGAAGAGGAUUUCUUUAUCAUUCUUCAUGAUAUUUUAGCUGAAAUGGAAGAAGUUAGUGAACUUCAACCAGUUCCUGAUGCUCAUGUCCCAGUUAUGAAAUUCAAAUUUCAAGGGAUAUCAAUUGAUCUUCUUUAUGCAAGUAUCUCUCACUUGGUUGUUCCUGAAGAUUUCGAUAUCUCAGACCGAUCUGUACUCUACAAUGUGGAUGAACCAACUGUUCGAAGUCUCAAUGGUUGCCGCGUUGCUGAUCAAAUACUGAAACUAGUUCCCAAUGCUAAGCACUUCCGCACAACUCUUAGAUGUCUGAAGUUCUGGGCCAAAAAACGCGGUGUUUAUUCCAAUGUUACUGGAUUUCUUGGUGGGGUCAAUUGGGCUCUUUUGGUUGCUCGCAUUUGCCAGCUUUACCCCAAUGCAAUCCCUAGUAUGCUUGUUUCUAGGUUCUUCCGUGUUUAUACACAAUGGCGUUGGCCAAAUCCUGUGAUGCUAUGCCCAAUAGAAGAGGAUGAACUUGGGUUUCUUGUUUGGGAUCCGCGCAAGAAUCCUAAAGACAGGACUCAUCAUAUGCCAAUCAUCACUCCUGCCUACCCUUGCAUGAACUCUAGCUACAACGUUUCACCAAGCACUCUUCGAGUAAUGAUGGACCAAUUUCAGAUUGGUUACAAGACUUGUGAGGAUGUUGAGUUGAAUAAAGCACAGUGGCCUGCUCUUUUUGAGCAUUAUUUUUUCUUUGAGGCGUACAAAAACUAUCUCCAGGUUGAGAUCGUUGCAGCAGAUAAUAAUGAUUUGUUAGCUUGGAAAGGCUGGGUGGAAUCCCGGCUUCGGCAACUAACGCUAAAGAUAGAGCGGGACACCAACGGGAUGUUGCAGUGCCAUCCUUAUCCUAACGAAUUCACAGACACGUCGAAGCCAUGCCCACAUUGUGCUUUUUUCGUGGGUUUGCAGAGGCAAAAGGAUGUCAAAGUACAAGAAGGUCAACAGUUUGAUAUUCGUGGAACAGUCGAUGAGUUUAAGCAAGACGUAAGCAUGUACUCUUAUUGGAGACCGGCCAUGGAGAUCUAUGUCUCGCAUGUUCGUAGGAAGCAAAUUCCUGCUUAUGUCUUUCCUGAUGGGUAUAAGAGACCACUGCAAUCUAGAAAUACAACUCAGCAUACUCCUGAGAAAGAUGCCAAAGGUUGCGUGUCUCCUGAAGAAAGGCAUUCAAAGAGGAAGCAGGAGACCGAAACAGUUGAUGUACAGUCUGACAAACUGGGGAAACGUGCUUCUAUUAGUCCUCAAAUUAUAGGAACUGCUCCUGCAAGUGUUUCUCGUUGGUCAGGCGAAUCCUCACAGAUAGUCAUUCCGGAGGAGUCAAAGCUGGAGGUUAAGACUGCUGACCUUCAGAACAGAAGUUCUGAUGAUAAAUCAACAGGGGAUACUGGGAGUAGAAACCAUGUCCUUCUGAGUGAAAAUUCCAGCCUGAUAGUUUAGAUAUCACCAUGUCAAGGAAUUUGUCGGGAGUUAUGAAAGAAGGUUUUUUUUUGACCAGUCAAAUAUAUACAUCUUUCCCUAGCCAGGAGGCGCGUAGUACUUGUGAAAAAUUGUGCUCUGUAGGUGCCCCAGCUUGGCAGCUUACGCAGAAUGACAAAAAGGUGGAUGAUGAUGAUGAGCAGGUCAAUGGACCAGGUACACUAGCGGUGGGAGGUGGGGGUGGGAUGGAGUUGACGGGUGUUCGUAUCAAAUUCCAAAGUUCAGAACCUUUCUUGCAAGGCGAUUUCCUCUGUUUGUGAGUUUUCGCUUGGUAAUAGUAGCUGAUGGCGUGAAUCUGGAAGUUUUGGGUCUUUGCAGGGUGAUAUAAGCUUGGCAGACUGGAUUGCACUACUGCGGGAUGGACAUCGAAGUGAGAAUGGAGCAGUACAAUGCACUAGAUAGCAAAAUAUCAGUGAAACUAAGGCAUCAAAUCUACGUCGCAACAAAGAACCAGCAACAGAGGUGAACGGCAGAAUCAACAUCCAAAAACAGCAGCUGCUCCAAUUUACCCCCAGACAACAAAAAUCAACAACCGCAAACGAGAGAUUUAGUAGCAGCACCAAUAGUUGCUAAAUCUGAAGUGACCAGUUAAAGCAGCAUAUAAACAACAAGAAGCUAUUGAGGUGACAAAAGCUUCAUAGGCCCGAGCCAGAGACCUUGAGAGAGAGAACAUGGAGGGGAAGGCUGAAUUCCUAAGGGGCUACUAUAGGAGGCUAGGCAAAAGUUUUGAGUUACACACUUGAUGAAUUUUUACAUCAUCGGUGUUAUUUAACCUUUUAUAGCAAGCACUUACAAUUUAUUGUAGAUUGUCAAUGAAUGUUUCUCAAAUAGAGUUACUUGCAGUCACCCCAGUACUA